CAUGUAGAAUACUGUCUGGUUUUUGUUACCUUGUUGAUACUGUUGAACCUAACCUGUGACGGUCACCGGCUGUUGUCAGUUAUCAAAGUUAUACUGAUAACGAGGUACAAAAUAAAUAACAAGUAUUGUGUUUAUAUUAUGCAGUUGCAACUUACAUUGCCAUAGUGUAGUUUUUUACAACAUUGCUAUUUUUUUCUCAGGUAUUUAUUUUAUCUGUUGAUUUAUUGAUUACAUUUUUCUCGAAUGACUUGCACAUUCUCAGUCAUCACUGAACUGCUAAAAACGUAUUAUUGAUACAGACAUCGAGAUUUCAAUUGCCUGCCUAUCUAUUAUAGAGCAUAAUGGGCUCAUCAAAACAUUUAUAUCCAAUGUUGCUGCUAUUGGUUGUGAUCACGGCGACAUUAGUUCAAAGCAAUGAUGAUUUACUUAGGUAAGAAGUAUAAUAAAUAAUACCUAACUAUAUAUAUUUUUUACUAAUGCCAAUGCCACAUCGAUAAAAGUAAUUUUAUUCAAACUAUGUAAUAUUAUUACCUAACUUAUCUAUAAAUUAAUGUUUUGUUAAAUUAUUUUCAGAGUUAAAUUGUUUAAAAUGGACAGUGUGCGAAAACAACUUGGAGGGGUCGCGAAAGCAUAUCAGAAAAGUCACUAUCCAAAUGGAUACACCGCUGAACCGUUAUCUAAUUAUUUAGAUGUAAACAUAUAAUUUUAAUCAUAAAUAUUUAUUCUAUAUAGCAAUUUUAUUUCUAGGCUCAAUAUUAUGGACCAAUCAGUAUUGGAACUCCUCCUCAACCAUUUAAUGUGGUAUUUGAUACAGGUUCAUCAAACUUGUGGGUGCCAUCGAAACAAUGCAGCAUCUUGAACAUAGCAUGCAGUACGAUAUUUUAUUAUAAUUUCUUUAAAUUUAUCAGUUUUAACAUAUUUAUACUUUUGUACCUAUAUUUCUUUAACAAUUUUUUUUUUUGGGGGGGAUUUUUUCAGUGUUUCAUAAUAAAUAUGAUAUGGCUAAAUCAACUUCAUACCAGAAAAAUGGAACAACAUUUGACAUACAAUAUGGUUCAGGAAGUCUAUCAGGUUAUUUAUCUACUGAUGUCAUUACUGUUAGUAAAAUUUUUAUAAAAUAAAAUCAUUCAUAAUACCUAUGUUAUUAAGUAAUGAAUUACAAUAAUUAUUCAGGUGGAUGGCAAUACCAUAUUUAAUCAAACUUUCGCUGAAGCUGUCAAAGAGCCAGGUUUAGCUUUUGUUGCAGCAAAAUUUGAUGGAAUACUUGGUUUAGGAUAUUAUACAAUAUCUGUUGAUGGAGUCGUUCCUCCAUUCUAUAACAUGAUUGAUCAGGGCUUAGUCAAAAAACCGUUGUUUUCAUUUUAUUUGUCUAGGUAAUAUGGUAUAACAUGACUAAAGAUAUUUUUAAUUUUUUCUGAGUAUUCUAUACAUUUAACUUUAGAGAUCCAUCUAAAACUCCAGGUGGUGAAAUAAUAUUCGGUGGAUCUGAUCCUGAAAAAUAUACUGGCAACUUUACUUAUGUUCCUGUUACCAGACAUGGUUAUUGGCAAUUUGGUCUUGAUGAGUAUGUACUAUUUAUAUUAAUUUUUGUAAAAUUGUGACAUAUUUUUAUUGUUUAUUUCAUAAAGAAUACUUGUUGGAAAAACGUCCAUUGUGAGUGGUGCUCUUCAGGCAAUUGCUGAUACUGGUACCAGUCUAAUCGCUGGACCUGUUGAUAAUAUUAAACAAAUCAACACUCUUCUUGGUGGUACUCCCAUACCAGGAGGAGAAUAUAUUGUAAUAUGAAAUCUUAACAUUAUUUUUGUACUUUUCUUUAACUCAUGUUACAUUUUAGAUUGCUUGUGACCAAGUUGAUAAUUUGCCAAUUAUAUCAUUUGUUAUUGGUGGCACAACUUUUAACCUUGAGGGAAAAGACUAUAUAUUAAAAGUAUGUUUUUGAUUGUUUUUUUUUUUAUUUAAGGUUCAUAAAAUUUAAAUAAUAUUAUGAUUAUUUUUUUUUCAAGGUUUCUCAAUUUGGAAAGACUAUAUGCAUAUCUGGUUUUAUGGGUAUCGACAUUCCUCCUCCCAAUGGUCCAUUGUGGAUAUUGGGUGAUGUAUUUAUUGGUCGCUACUACACUGAAUUUGAUUUGGGAAACAAUAGAGUUGGUUUUGCCAAUUGUAAAGAAGAUGUUUGAUUUUAAUUAUAUUAAUAUACUCAGACACAGAACUGAUCGAAAAUCUAAGUGAUUUUAGUGAUUCAUUAUGAUUUUUAAACUUAGUUUUUAUACCUUCAAAAAUGUUAGUUAAUCAUUUUGAGUCAAAUAUUAUGAUUAUUUAUAACAUAAUUAUAGCAUUAUUUUCUAUAUUUUUCUUACGUGUGUAAUAAUUGAUAUACUGACUUUAUGUAAUAUACAAACGUCUAUGAAACAAAUGAAAGGAAUUACCAUACUUCAAAAAACAUUAGAUUGAUAAUUAUUUUAUAAAUUUGA